CCCAUAGAGCGCAGCAUGAGCGCUCCGCAGCAAAAAGGAUGUGUGAGCAGGCAGCGCGCUACUGUAGGGACGGAGUCCACAAACUGCUCAACAAAGAACAAGCCAAACUUCGAGCCCAGGAAAGCCGCGAGCAGCCGAACCCCGUAGCCGGUCAGGACAGCGAGUCCGCGACGGCAGCGCAGUCCGGAAACAGCGGAGCCCAGCCCGGUGGAAUCGACGGGCUCGUCCGCUGGAUCGUCACCAAAAUGAGCGACAACAAGAACAUCUCCAGCCGCGAGUACGCCUCCAGCAAGGAGGACGUGGCCGUGGCGCAGGAGCAGUUCUUCGCCCCCGAGCCGCGGAGAGGCAUCUCCGUGAUUUUGGAUAUAUUCAGAAGAGCUGACAAGGAUGAUGAUGGGAAGCUUUCUCUGGAUGAGUUCCAGGCUUUCUUCUCCGAUGGCACCCUGAACGAGGAGGAACUGGAGAAGCUGUUUCACACCAUCGACUCUGAUAACACCAGUAAUGUUGACACGAAGGAACUCUGUGACUACUUUGCCAAGCACAUGGGGGACUAUGAGGGAGUCCUGGCCUCGCUGGAAACUCUCAACCUUUCCAUCCUCAAAGCCAUGGACUUCACCAAAAAGGUUUACGAGAAAGGAAGCAACGUGGAGCAGUUUGUGACCCGUUUCCUUCUGAAGGAGUCAUCCAAUCAGAUCCAGUCUCUCCUGAGCUCCGUGGAGAGUGCCGUGGACGCUAUUGACGAGCAGCACACCCAAUCACGUCUACCUGCCAAGGUGAGUCCACGGAUGUCCGAGAGGCGCAACGAGAACGCCGUUCCCGACUAUCCCCCCAACAACAGAGUUAGCGCCGGAACCAUCAACACUGCCUCAGGUGCAGUAGAGGUGAGGAAAGAGGGUCUGGACACUCAGAUCAACCGGCUGGCUGAACUGAUUGGACGACUGGAGAACAAGACGGUCUGGCUUGAUCUGCACCAGAGGCUAACAGACACUGAUGGUACCACCAGCGCAUCCUUGCUCCUCAUUCGUCACGAGAUGGUGGUUUCCCAGAAGAAGCUCAGCGACUUCUGUGACGCUCUGAAGCAAUAUCUGAAGAAUGUCUCCGCUCAGAGAGACUGCUUCCAUGUGACUGCGGUGCGCCUGCCGGACGGUUUAUCCUUUGUCGUCUAUGAGUUUUGGGAAGGAGAGGAGGAGUGGAAGAGGCACCUCCAGUCGGCCUCCAACAAAGCCUUUCAGCAUGUGAAGGUGGAUACACUGUGCCAGCCGGAAGCAAUGUCCUCAGUAGCCGUGCCAGCCGCCUGGUGCAGUGUGAACAGGGACUGAGCAUGAAGACAUUCAACGCCACGCCACGACUCCGGAACACGCGCCUCUCCUUGUUUAACUGACCCUAAAACCUUCCCCAGUCCCCCCGCAUUUCACCCCCAACCCCCACCCCUCUCCACCCUUCCAUCGUUCAACUCUUUUUGUAUGUACAUGUUUACACAGUGCAAAUGAAUGGUGUCAACUGCAGUGAAAAUUGAACAAACAGUGCAUUCUACAGUGUGAGAUUACUAAUUUUGCUGGCUCAAGAUAUUGGAUUGUGUAACGUUCAUGUUUCAAGUAGCUUUGGGCCACUGUAAAGUGGAGUUUGUCAUGUAGCAAGGACCCUGGCGUUGAGUUAUUCAUGUAGCAGUAGCGGUUUUUGGGUAGAGCAUUUUGGAAGCUGGCUUUUUUUUUUCCCACGCCUGUUUGAGGUGACCACAGGUAGCACAUCUAGUUAGCCGUAGCUGCUCAUUCCACAUUCGCUCACACACAGUGUUCCAAUGAUGACACAUUUGUUUUCUAAGUGAUCCAAUGCGUCUGACGUUAUUCUCACAUCAGCCCUUCUGCACUAAAUGAGGAACACACCUCGUUUGCUCCCGAUCUCAGGAAAACUGAAUGCUUGAUUUAGCUUGAAGUGAGUUAACU